AUGGGAACUCGGAGAGAACUCCAUGGUGGUCUGACCUUUUCCGUCGCUCUACUGCUGCUGCUCGUACAACCACUCACAGUCUUUUCAUCCCCUCCAAUUGCAUGCGAUCCUACAAACCCGUCCACGCGAAACUACGCAUUCUGUCAGACGACACUGCCCGUUGACAAGAGAGUGAAUGAUCUUAUUUCACGCUUGACCUUGGAGGAGAAGAUACAACAACUGGAUGAUCAGGCCGCUGAAAUCCCCCGGCUCGGCGUGCCGAAGUACAAUUGGUGGUCGGAGGCGUUGCACGGUCUGUCGAACUGGGGACAUGGCAUGCACUUCAUCGGCCGCACCAUUCCGAAUGCUACCAGCUUCCCCCAAGUUAUACUUACUGCAGCUUCCUUCAACCCCGACCUAUGGUAUCGUAUCGGACAGGCUAUCGCGGUGGAGGCUCGAGCAAUGUACAACGCGGGACAGGCAGAUGGAUUAACACUAUGGUCGCCAAACGUGAAUAUAUUCAGAGAUCCCAGGUGGGGCAGAGGCCAGGAGACUCCCGGUGAGGAUCCCACGACGGCAAGCAAGUAUGCCGUCUCCUUUGUGAGAGGACUACAGGGCGAUUCCCCCACAGGUGAAAGGUCUGGCCAGCUGAUGACUUCAGCUUGCUGCAAACACUUCACGGCUUAUGAUUUGGAUAAUUGGAACGGCAACGUUCGCUUUACUUUUGAUGCUCGGGUGACGGCUCAGGACAUGGAAGAUACCUUUCAGCCGCCUUUCAGAAGCUGCGUCGAACAAGGUCGAGCCACUUGUGUCAUGUGUUCAUACAAUCGCGUGAAUGGAGUACCCACCUGUGCUGAUUACAAUCUUCUGACCAAGCAAGCCAAAAACUUGUGGGGUCUUGAUGGAUACAUUGCUUCCGACUGUGCUGCAGUUGAUUUCAUGUAUGGUGCUUCACACUACGCCAAAACGCUCGAAGAGGCUGUUAGUUAUGCUCUCAAAGCUGGAGUGGAUAUAAAUUGCGGUAAGGCUAUGAAUCAGCAUGUAGGAGCUGCUAUCAAAAACGGGAAUCUCUCUGAAAGUGACAUAGACAGAGCCCUAUUCAAUGCCUUCUCCUUGAGAAUGAAGCUUGGACUUUUCAAUGGAGAUCCACAAAAGCUCCCUUCAGGGGAUAUCCCCCCCAGCCAAGUCUGCUCGACGGAGCACAAAAACUUGGCUCUCCAAGCAGCCCAAGACGGCAUCGUUCUCUUAAAGAACACUGGCAAUACCCUUCCUCUAGCGAGAUCAAACGUUACAUCUCUCGGUGUGAUUGGCCCAAACGCCAACUUCCCUCCAAGCCUUAUGGGUAACUAUAAUGGCCCUCCUUGCGAGGUUAUCACCCCACUCGAGGCAUUGCAGAGCUCCAUCAAAAAUACCCGAUUCGUAGCAGGGUGUAACAUCGUUGCUUGCAACGUUACUAAGAUCCCCGAAGCUGUCCAAUUGGCGAGCUCAGUGGACUAUGUCAUCAUGUUCAUGGGGUUGGAUCAAGAUCAGGAGCAAGAGGGCCAUGAUAGGACGGAUUUGCUUCUCCCAGGAAUGCAGCAGACUCUCAUAUCCAAAGUUGCCGAAGCAGCAAAGAAGCCCAUCAUCCUGGUGCUGCUAUCCGGCGGUCCGCUGGACAUUACGUUCGCAAAGAACGACCCGAGAAUAGGAGCUAUCUUGUGGGCAGGUUAUCCCGGUGAAGCAGGUGGAUCAGCGAUCUCAAGCAUCAUCUUUGGAGACCACAAUCCAGGGGGGAAAUUGCCUGUUACUUGGUAUCCACAAGACUUCACAAAGGUGCCGAUGACUGACAUGAGGAUGAGGGCCGACCCUGCCACGGGCUAUCCGGGACGCACCUACAGAUUCUACAACGGCAAGCCCGUCUACCAAUUUGGUUAUGGCCUCAGCUACUCCAGUCAUUCAUAUGAAUUCGCAGCUGGAACUGCAACUUCGAUCUACCUGAACAACUCGUCGUCUCCCCAGGCUCAACCGAAUGAUCCAAACACUCUCAGUUAUGACGUCGCAAGCUUAGGCUUCAACACAUGCGGAGAACUUAAAAUCUCUGCGACCGUCAGUGUCAAGAACCAUGGUCCCAUGGCCGGACGGCACCCUGUGCUGCUCUUCUCUCGCUGGCCAUCUACAGAACAUGGUAGGCCGGCAAAGCAGCUGGUGGGUUUCCAGAGCGUGCACUUGGAGGCUGGAGAGAGCACCAAAGUGGAGUUUUCUCUGAGCGCUUGCGAGCAUCUCAGCCGAGUCAUGGACGAUGGCAGAAGGGUGUUGGACAAAGGAUCUCACUUCUUAAUUGUUGGAGAUGAGGAGCAUGAAAUCAGCAUCAUCUCCUGA